CCUGUCCGGCGGAGCGUUGGUUGGACCUCAGUGAUCAGGCAGGCAGCAUGGCGGAGCUGAGGGAGCGGAGAUCCGAGCGGAGCAGAGAGGAGUUGGAAGAGCAGCGCGGCUCUGAGGGGUCAGCGCUGCUCCUCAACCUACUGACCGCUCUGUUUUACGGACUCAGCUCUUUCCUCAUCGUCGUGGUCAACAAAAGCGUCCUGACCAGCUACAGGUUCCCCUCGUCUCUCUGUGUAGGGAUCGGUCAGAUGUUGGCCACAGUGGUGGUGCUGUGGGUGGGAAAAGCUCUGAAAGUGAUACAUUUCCCCGAUUUUGACAGAAAUGUCCUGCACAAGACUUUCCCUCUUCCUCUGCUGUACGUGGGGAAUCAGCUGACCGGCCUAUUCGGAACAAAACAAGUCAAUCUGCCGAUGUUCACGGUUCUCCGGAGGUUCUCCAUCCUCUUCACCAUGCUGGCUGAAGGCUACCUGCUGAAGAAGAACUUCUCAUGGUCCAUUCAGGCUACAGUGUUCACUAUGAUCUUCGGAGCGUUCAUCGCUGCCAGCACAGAUUUGGCUUUCGACCUGCAAGGCUACAUCUUUAUCACCCUAAACAACGUUCUGACCGCAGCCAACGGAGCGUACAUGAAGCAGAAACUGGACUCUAAGGAGCUGGGUAAAUAUGGGCUGCUGUAUUAUAACGCUUUAUUCAUGAUCAUCCCCAUCGUGGCUUUAGCAUAUUACACUGGAGACAUUGACAAAGCUGUAGGGUUUGAUGGAUGGACCGAUGUGUUCUUUAUUGGUCAGUUUAUUCUGUCCUGUGUGAUGGGGUUCAUCCUGAUGUACUCCAUCGUUCUGUGUACGCACUACAACUCCGCCCUCACCACCACGAUCAUCGGCUGCAUUAAGAACAUCCUGGUGACGUACAUCGGGAUGGUGUUUGGGGGAGAUUAUAUCUUCACCUGGUUGAACUUCAUCGGACUGAAUAUCAGCAUUGCUGGAAGUCUGGUUUACUCCUACAUCACCUUCAGUGAGGAACACAGGAAGACUAGGUAGUAUGUGCUGGCUGAAACUGACUGACUGAAGCUGACUGACUGCUGCUGAGCCUGCCUGGCUGAAGCUGAUUGGCUGACUGAAUUGUAUCCCAUAGUGCCUUUGUACUGUUUACCUCGGACCAAAUAUUUAGAUAUUUGUAAUCGCACUACAUCAUGUAUUUUUUUAUGAUGCACGGUGUAGAAAAUAUUUUAUACUGUUGAAAUUUUAUAUUGUAAUCAUAGAUCAGACAUUAUGUUCUGUAUAUUUUGACUCUAUAUUAUAUGUCAGAUAUAUAUCAGUGAUAUAAAUGUGAUCCAUUAAAUGAUUCGACCUUUAGGAAAUGUUUCAAACCUA